AUAAAGGAUGUGGACCAGAGAGACUGGCCAUCCCUUGAAUGAGGAGUCAAGGUCAUAUCCUGGCUCAGUCACAGAUUAUCCAGGAGCCCUGAGCACUGCUGUUGCCUGGACACCGUGCCCCCACCUAUAAAACAUGGUUGCACAGAUGGUGCCAGUCUUUCCAGAGCUGAGUUCUGACAUGUUUCAACCAUCAAAGCUCAUCAGUGCCUUGUCCUGGAUGGAGGGAGACCCUUAGUGUGGGUCCCCUGGUCUCCCCAACUUUUGGAUGACAUUCUAUGGCUCUUUGCAUGACCCCACCCAUUCCCAGUAGCCCUUCUCCGUUAGGUGUCAUCCACCCAUCAGCUGGGGAGUGCUCUGUGGGCAGCAUGAACCCACGGUGGACCUCCUAACACCUCUCCCUUGUCUCUUUCAUCUCCAGUCUCCACCGGCAGAGCGGGAAUAAGCUUUCCCAGCUAAGUUAGACGGAUGGUCCCCAUUAGCCCGCCGUGCCUUUCCCACCAACUUCCAUUGAUAAGGAGGUGUCGCUGUGUGUAGGGGGAGGCUGGGGAGCCAGAGCACUUGGGUGGGAGUUGGGGGUGCCCUGCCCCUGGAGCAGGAAUGGUUCCCCCAGGGAAGAAACCCGCCGGAGAGGCCUCCAACUCCAACAAGAAGUGCAAGCGUUACUUCAACGAGCACUGGAAAGAGGAGUUUCCCUGGCUGGACUUCGACUACGAGCGGAAGCUGAUGUUUUGCCUCGAGUGCCGCCAAGCCCUAGUGCGGAACAAGCACGGCAAAGCCGAGAACGCCUUCACCGUGGGCACAGACAACUUCUAGCGCCAUGCCCUGCUGCGCCACGUGACCUCGGGGGCCCACCGCCAGGCUCUGGCCUUCAACCGGGGCCAGCCCACUUUGGAGGGCCAAGCGGAGGGAGGAGGGGCCUACUUGGACCUGGAGACCCCGCCCACCUCCAGGGGCAUCAAGGCAGAGGUGGACCCGGCCAAAGUGGCCAUGCUGACCACGGUGUACUGCAUGGCCAAGGAGGAUGUGCCCGAUGACCGCUGCUCUGCCCUGCUCGAGCUGCAGAGGUUCAACCUGUGCCAGGCCCUGCUGGGCACAGAGCACAGCGACUGCUACAGCCCCAGGAGGGUGAGGGACAUGCAGGUGGCCAUUGCCAGUGUCUUGCACACAGAGGCCUGCCAGCGCCUGAAGGCAUCCCCAUAUGUGGGGCUGGUGUUGGAUGAGACCAGGGACUGGCCUGAGUCCCACAGUCUGGCCUUGUUUGCCACUUCGGUGUCCCCCUGUGAUGGCCAGCCAGCUACCACCUUCCUGGGCAGUGUGGAACUACAGGAGGGUGAGGCCACCGCUGGCCAACUCCUGGACAUCUUGCAGGCCUUCGGCGUGUCUGCACCCAAGCUGGCCUGGCUCAGCUCGAGCCUCCCCGGGGACCGCCUUGGGCAUGUGAGCCCACAACUGCGCGCUGCCUGCCCACUGCUCACGGAGCUACACUGUCUCCCCGGCCGGACAGAUCCUGAGCCCCCUGCCUACUUAAGUGAAUAUGAAAGCGUGCUGGAUGCCCUAUUUCGCCUCCAUGGUGGCCCCAGUUCCCACACGGUCCCCGAGCUCCGGGCGGCCCUGGACCUGGCAGCUAUUGACUUGGCAGGACCACGGCCAGUGCCCUGGGCGUCUUUGCUGCCUAUCGUGGAAGCAGUGGCUGAGGCUUGGCCUUGCCUGGUGCCCACCCUGGAGGCCUCUGCCCCUGCCUCCCCUACAGCUAGGGCACUGGCCCUCGCCCUGCGCCAGUUCACCUUCGUGGCCUUCACCCACCUGCUGCUGGACACUCUGCCCACCUUGCAGAAGCUCGCCCUUGUCCUGCAGCCAGAAGAGCCGGACUUGGCCUUGCUGCAGCCCCUGGUGAUGGCAGCUGUGGCCUCCCUCCAAGCACAGCGCAGCUCAGGUGGGGCGCGCCUCCAGGGCUUCCUGCAGGAGUUGGCUUCCUCCGGCCCUGACUUGGGCGGCGGGCGCUGCACCUACCGCGGCGUGGAGCUGGUCGGCUACUCCGAAGCUGCUGUGCGGGGCUUGGAACGGCUGCGGGGGGCCUUCCUGGACUCCAUGCGGAGGGGGCUGGGGGACUCCUAUCCCGGGCCCUCGCUGGAUGCCGUGGCCGCCUUCGCGGCGAUCUUCGACCCGCGCGGCUACCCGCAGGCCCCCGAAGAGCUGGGUGCACACGGUGAGGGAGCGCUGCGGGUACUGCUGCGCACCUUCGCUCCCGCCGUGGUGCGCCAGCGGGCAUUGGGCGACUUCGCGCUCUUCAAGCGCGUGGUGUGCAGCCUGGGGCGGCUGGGCCCGCGGGCCCUGUGUGCCAAGCUGGCGUGCGCGCGCUCUGAGCUGCACGAGCUCUUCCCGGACUUCGCAGCCCUGGCCGCUCUGGCCUUGGCGCUGCCCGUCGGCGCCGGCCUCCUGGACAAGGUGGGCCGCAGCCGGGAGCUGCGGUGGUGGGGGCAGAGCGGGGCCGGGGAGGGCCGGGGUGGCCCCGCGAUGAAGAUCGCCGUGGAUGGGCCACCGCUGCACGAGUUUGACUUUGCGCUGGCCGUGGAGUUCUUGGAGAGUGGGUGGGCGGAGGGGCUGCUGGGGUAGCAGCUCACGUGA